AUGUGGACAGUUCCGAAGCCAAAUUACAGGACUGGUUUGUGCACGGAAGGGGAGAUUGCUGUGAACAUUGGGGGGGUCAGAGUGGUGCUUUCCGGGGACGUUUUGAAGCGUUACCCGGAGAGCAGACUGGCGGAGCUGUUGGACUGCUCAACUCAGAAUUCUGAACUUAUCUCGUCCCUCUGUGAUGAUUUCGACGCGGGCAAAAAAGAGUUUUACUUCGACCGAGAUCCCGACGCCUUCAAGUGCAUCAUCGACGUCUACUACUUCGACGAAAUCCACAUAAAACGCGGCAUUUGCCCCAUCUGCUUCAUCAAGGAGAUGGAGUUUUGGAAGAUAGAGCAAAGCGUUUUGGACGAAUGCUGUAAAAGUUACCUGAGCGAGAAGGAGGAGGAGCUGAAGGAGAUCGCAAACAAAGUUAAAGUCAUCCUGGAGGAUCUGGAUGUGGAGCAGUGCGUCACGCGCACUCAGCGGUGCCAGAAGUUUUUGUGGAGGCUGAUGGAGAAGCCGGAAUCGUCCCUGCCCGCGCGCGUCAUCGCGAUCGCAUCCUUCCUGUCCAUCCUGGUGUCGGCGGUGGUGAUGUGCAUAGGCACCAUCCCGGAGCUCCAGGUGGCGGACGCUGAGGGGGAACUGGUGGAGCAUCCGACCCUGGAGGCGAUCGAGACCACGUGCAUGUUGUGGUUCACGACAGAGUUCCUGCUGCGCCUCGGCUCCUCUCCAAACAAGCUGCGCUUCGCGCUCUCCAUCAUGAACAUCAUAGACUUCAUGGCCAUCAUGCCUUUCUACGUGGUCCUCUCCCUCACCCACUUCGGUUCUUCAUCUAUGAUGGAGCUGGUGAAUGUCCAGCAGGCUGUCCAGGCGCUGCGCAUCAUGCGCGUGGCGCGUAUUUUCAAGCUGGCGCGCCACUCCUCGGGACUCCAGACGCUGACCUACGCGCUGAAGAGGAGCCUCAAAGAGCUGGGCCUCCUCCUCAUGUACAUGGGGGUGGGGAUCUUCGUUUUCUCCGCUCUGGGCUACACCAUGGAGCAGAGCCACCCGGAGACGCUUUUCAGGAGCAUCCCCCAGUCUUUCUGGUGGGCCAUCAUCACCAUGACGACCGUGGGCUACGGGGACAUUUACCCCAAAACCACCCUGGGGAAGUGCAACGCAGCCGUGAGCUUUCUCUGCGGAGUCAUAGCCAUCGCCUUGCCCAUACAUCCCAUCAUUAAUAACUUUGUCGUGUUCUACAACAAGCAGAAGGUUCUGGAGACAGCAGCCAAACAUGAGGUGGAGUUGAUGGAACUGAAGUCUGGAAAGCAGGUGCGCAGAAAAAGUAAGGAACAGUUAGAAUGA